CAUCAAACAUAGUAAGGGUGGUUAGUAUUUGAUGCGAGCUUAAUGACAGCGCCGCUAAUUGCGAUUAACGCCUUCACUACCCACCGCACUUCUUCCAUACAAUGCAAUCUUUGACAAACCGCAGGCUUCUGAACAUCCUCGUCUUAUUGUCCCGUGGACUUUAUCAUAUUCGUCUUCAUUAGAUCUCGAUCUUCGAGGGAAAAUUCAGUCAAAGAACGAACAUACUGAUUUGAGAUCCGAUCCGAAGACAACAUGGCAACCAUCACUGAGACAGUGGCAGCAACCAAGGUGGAGGUUUCGGAAGCUCCUCACGCGAAGUCCACGUUGAAGGUCGUGCUGGGCACGAUGAACUUGGGCAGAGAAGGUAUGUUCGCCAUAAUCCCUUGACCCGACAGACAUUGGCAAAAGUUGUGAAUGGCGGCUGAGAUAUCUCGCAGGUGCACCGCUUGUUCGAGUGCACGAUCCAGCUGUGUCUGGAGCAAUGCUCGACACACUCCAGAAGCACGGUCAUUGUGAAGUAGAUACAGCUCGCAUUUAUGGCUUUGGCUCUACGGAAGAGCAUCUUGCCCAGCUGAAGUGGCAAGAGAGAGGCAUCGCCGUGGGCACAAAGCUCACAGCGAAGAAGAUCGGUCCCAAGGAGUACUCCCACAAGAAAGAAUCCCUCAAGCCUGGCUUGUCUGAGAGUCUCAAAGCCUUGGGCUCCGAGAGGGUCGAUACCUUCUACCUCCACACUCCAGACCACAACACUCCAUACGCCGAGACCCUCGAAGCCGUGAACGAGCUUUACAAAGCCGGCUACUUCAAGAAGUUCGGUAUCUGCAACUAUGCUGCUUGGGAGGUCGCUCAAAUCUGCGAGCUCUGCAACGCCAACGGCUGGAAAAAGCCGGACAUUUACCAAGGAGCAUACAGCGCCCUCCAACGCAACAUUGAGACCGAGCUCUUCCCAUGCCUGAGAUACUAUGGCAUUUCUUUUUACAGCUUUAGCCCGCUCGCUGGUGGUAUGCUGACCGACCGGUACGGCCGUGAGACGUCAGAGUAUGAGGGUGGAAAUCGAUUCGAUCCAAACAAUGCCCGAGGCUUCUACCGUAAGCUCUACUGGAAUGAGCCAACGUUCGCAGCGCUCGAUAUCAUUCGACCGCUUGCCCAGAAGCAUGGCAUGACCACCACGAAGGCAGCGCUCAGAUGGAUAAGCCACCACAGCGCCAUGAAAGGCGACAAGGGAGAUGCAGUCGUGAUCGGAUCCAGCAGUGCAGAGCAGCUUGAGAGCAAUCUUUCAAACCUGGAAAAGGGUCCGUUGCCAGAAGAUCUCGUCCAGGCUUUCGAGGAGGCUUGGUCGGUGGUCAAGGUGAACACGGCACCGUAUUUCGCAUAG